AUGGCAGACAAAGAUAAUGGCAAGAUCUUGGGCUUUACCAAGAGAGAGGCAGAGGUGCUCAUCAUGUCGCUGCAAGUAAUCAAGCCAAACAAUAUUUCCACAAACGGCUGCACGGCCAAGCCCGCUGAUCUCGUCCGCCUCGGCGCUCACGAGGAUGUUCAAACGGCUCGUUCCGGUUACGCGCUUCUGAGAGCAAGAGUCAUGGCUCUCCCGCGGCUUCCCAAAGAUACAGACCGGAUCAUUGCUGCCAAUACAGCCAACAACGGCGGCGCCAAAGAUGAUCAGAAGCACCGAGCUGCCGUUCUCACCCCCAGACGGGUAACUAGGCGUAGUGCGGCCCAGGCUAGCGCUGAUCUCGAGGACAACGGCCAUGAGCGACCGGCCAAGAAGACUAAGACAAACGAUGGCAUGAUUGACGACGACGACCUACCGACCGAGGCCGAGUGGGAAGCAAUGGGAGAUUGGAAGGCUUGGUAG